AAUAUUCAUAACGGCUUGAAUGAAUGAGCUGAACACACUACUUUCGUAACACGCACCCUCCUGUCGUAGUUCGAAGGUGGUAUAAGCUCUCUCUGGUGUGGUUUUUAGUUGUGGAUCUGAAUUCAUCGAUUGUGCAACGCUCGGCGCCAACCAACCACCCAGGGAAAGUUUGUCAGUGCGUAAUUUAACCGAAUCAUAAAUAGAACGUCUGUGUGUACGCUUUAAUCAUAAAACAAAUAUCGGUAUUACAUUUAACUGUACGAAGACUAAAAAUACCCAUCGCCACCACAAGAAAAGCGCCCUUUCCUGUAAGUAAACUCAAAGCGGUGAAUCAAACAGGACUAUCGAAGCAGGCCAUUCUGCGAAACACGUGCUAUGGUGCGAGCUUUCGGUGAACAAUAAGAAAGGAAAAGUUUUAUCGAUUCCUAAUGAUGGCGUCGCUGAAAAUGGAUCGUGCAGUGAACUAAAUGCGUUAUCAUCUCUGGUGUACGAUCAGAAAACCAGUCUCAGUGCGCUCACUAUACAUUCACGUUCUUCAGUAAUACUUGUUCCCGUGUUCGAGAGUGUGAAAUGUGAAGCAUGAAUGAAGUGGCCUACAGCAUACAAAGACUAUGCGUUGCACAUACAUAGCAAGUUUGUUUUGGCUUUUCGAACUAUGUAUCCCCGCUAGGACGGCCACUAUCAAUUACCAGUAUCUAGAGGGCAUCGAGUAUGAUAAAAACGUAAAGCCAGCAGGCACACUUACAGAUGUAUCCGUUUCGCUGUACAUUAACCGAAUAUCAGGCGUGGAUGAAAACAAGGAAGAAAUUUCCUUCGAUGUCUUCCUUCAAAUUACAUGGGAAGACCUUCGAAUACAGCCUGUGUUUAACAACAAGGUAGGCGAGUAUGUGGAACUGACGAAAGCCGACCGAGAUAUGAUAUGGGUUCCAGAUCUUUACAUUCGACAACUGCGAGAGAUGAAAAUGCUAACCUUAUUCGAGGAAAUAUCCAGCCUACGGUUAUAUGAAAACAGCACCAUCAGCUUGAGCAUAGGAGCAACAAUCAUCAUCAAAUGCGACAUGGACUUUGUGCUGUACCCGCUCGAUGUGCAGAGAUGUCCUGUCGAUUUCAGCAGCUACAAAUAUCCAGUAAAAGAUUUACGGUUCCGCUGGAGAUCCGAAAAUGCCUUAUCCUUCCCCAAUGACUUUGGGGAUGGUUUUUUUCGGCUUCCAAAGUAUGUGGUUUCUUUCUACACUGAACAGGAAUCACAGAUAGUCAAUUACAGCGAUGAUAAUCAUAGUUCAGCUAGAUUAGAAAUAACCCUGUCGAGGGAAGUAAAGAGCUAUCUGCUGGAAAACUAUCUUCCAUCUACGUUAUUCGUCUCUAUAUCCUGGGGAUCUUUUGUGGUCGUCCCAGAAAUCGUGCCAGGGCGGAUGGUGCUGCUAGUCACAACACUGCUAUCAUUGAUAACGAUGUUCGAUACAGUGAGGAAUAAUUCACCAGAUGCGUUGGAACUGAAGUGCCUUGAAGUGUGGCUCAUAUCCUGUACUUUGUUUGUGUUCUUUGCACUAAUGGAGUACUUUAUUGUGCUGUUCGGGAUACGAUACGAUAAGCAUUGGCGUGUGGCCAAAGCUCAGCAUGCCUCAUCAAUACCACCUUCCAUCACACUGCAGUCAGCAGUGACGAUGGCUCAAAGCACGAUGGACACAUCGAUAAAUUCGGCAUCAUUUCAACGCGAAAAUGGUCUGGAGCAUGCCACCCUAAAGGUUUCAGGCACUAACAAGAUUCAACCACACGAUCACAACAGCAAAACAACGUCAGCUUCCCUCAGCAAUAUACAAGACACUGUACAAAGCGCCCAGAAAGUGUCGUCUGUGAUGACCAGGAAAAGGUUUCGGAACGUCGCAGAUGUUGCACUCCUGUAUGCAGGCUCCCAGCGAGGCAGAUUGGAUCAGCUAUCUUUAAUCAUUUUCCCUGUCAGCUUUCUUAUAUUCACCAUAUCCUAUUGGACUAUGUAUUUAACUGAAUCUAAGAAAAAUUUCAAGUAA